AUGUGCUCAGUAGACAGGAGUUCGGCCGUUGCCACCAUGUUGUUGAGACUUGAUUUUCAUAUUCUCAAACGCCUCGUAGUCAACUGGGGGUGUGUCCGGUCGAGAGACCUGAAAAUUGGAAGAAAUUGGAAUCGAUAG